CCGAACAACGAACUGCAUGGCAAAACUCACGCUGAGUACUUUGGUCAGGAAUCCCUCCUGAACAACUUUAUUGCCUCGCACUGUAAAAAGGCGGGCAAACCCGAUCCCGUAGAAGACUCCCUCAAUGAAGCCGAGAAGCCAAUGCCGGGCAUCAACACAGGUCCGAUGUUGGACGAUGAUACCAGCCGGGACCUCGGCACCAUGACCACCAAACAUCAGUGCCAACACUGUUUGCGAGUCUUCUCAAACUCCAGCAACCUCAAAACGCAUCUCCGACUGCACACAGGGACAAAACCGUACAAAUGUCGUUUCUGUGAUAAGACUAGUGCUACGGCGAGCAAUAUUCAAACUCACGAACGCAUCCACACCGGCGUGAGACCUUUCAAGUGUGACGUCUGCGGCUCCGAGUAUGCCACUUCAAGCAACCUCAAGGUAUUUUUAGGUUGUGUAGACGCACUGCUAAUAAUGGCUCUCGUCUUUACCCAUCGCAGAACCCAUUUUGGAACACGACCCUUCGCAUGUCGUCUCUGCGGCAAAGGCUUCUGUACCUCGAGCAAUUUAAUAACCCAUCUGCGGGCGCAUUGGGGUCUGCGCCUCUAUCCCUGCCCCACCUGUGGCCGACUAUUUUCUACCUCAAGCAAUCUGCGCGUGCACGUUCGGGUAGGUCUGGAGCAACUUAUCGCCCAAACUUUUAUAUCCGCUUUCCCUUUUCUCCCUUUUAUAGGCAUUUGUGUGUUGGGGCAAUUUCGUUCUCGUUCGAGAAGAGGUUCACAAGUUGUUGCCUCUAAAGGCCUCCUUUUAUCGUUAGGCCCGCAGACAAAGUACAGCGUCUUCAGCGGGCCAGGCGUCUAA